CAAUUGCAGAGUCUGAAUUGACUCCUUAUUGUCCAAAUCGAAUCGCAAACUCAAUCAGCGAAACUCACAAUUCUCCAAUUUCACCAACCCAAAACUGCCUCUGAUUACACGGUCGUGCGUCACACGAAAAUGAUACACUUUUUAAAAUAAACUCAUAAAUUACCUCCCGUGGUCCCUUAAACCGGUCCUGUCAGAAACCGAAGUAAUUACCCUGUUAAACUGAUCACAGAGCACACACAGCGAAACCUCCGCCAAAUUGUCACGAUCCGGGCACAUGUAACAGCCAGUAGCAGCAGCAGCAGCCAAGCAUAAUUUUCGCAUAUUCACAUGUCCAACACGCAAAAUUUAUGACGAAAAAAAAUCAGCAUGAAAUGUGACCACGUCUCGUCGCACAGACGAUCGCAAGUGAAUGAGUGUUCGAAAGGGAGUUAGUGAUGAUGAGGGGAAAAACAGAGAAGAAAAAAUAGUUGAAGGUGAUAACUUUUUUUUAUUUCAUUUUUUUUAAAUCGAAAAAAGAGAAGAAACGAGAGCGGUGUAAGCAAAUCAAUUUGAAAUCGAAAGUGGAGCACUGGAGUAGCAAAGUUUGAGCAGCAAAGUCAGAGAGGAGAAGCAAAUGAAGAGAAGAGUGAAUGUGUGAAGAAACAUAGACAAAAACAGCACCGACGUCGAGACAGCAGCAGUGCCAGUGGCCGAGUGCCGGAAAAAGUGACACAACCGAAUUACCGCAUUUCUGCGACUGCGACGACGGCGGCGCUAUAUUUUUGUAUUGGGAGUUUCGCAAAAUUGUAUAAUCGAUUGGUCGGGGUAAUCAGCCGGAAAGAAGGUCUCUCCGCGUUUUUUUUUUCUCUAAAUUUAUUUUGACUUGCAAAUUUUACGUUUAGGAAUUGAGCCGCUUGGGACACGCAAAAUUGCCAACGAACGAUGGGGGGCGCCUAAAGCCGGAAACAAAAAAAGAAACUAAUAAAAAAUAUUUUUUUUGAACCGUCCAAAAAGUGACACAGAAAAACCAAUCGUCCUUAACCCUUUCAAACCUCGACAAAAAAAAAACAAAAUAAAACGGUUGAGAAGAAGCAGGUUAAGAAAUCGUGAGCCAUGAAAUUCGGAAACGGCCACGUCCUGGAUAGAGACAAAGUUGUGGUGUUUUGAUAAAACUCAACGAUCGGAAAGGAAGCUGGGGAUCAACGUCGCGCGAAAACAAAGAGGACGAGAUCAUCGCAACUUUAGCGUCCGUGCGCCAAUGCACCACGACGACGCUCCUCAUGGGCAACGGAAAUAAAAAGGUAACUGAUAAUCAAGUGCAUCGCCAUCCAAAUGACCACUGCCAGGCUGGCUGACUAACUACCGGUCAGCAUCUUCGAGACCUGAGCGAUCAACGCUAGGAAGUGAAGUGCAGCUAAUUGAUUCACGGGCUGAACGGUUGAAGAUGGCUGCUUGGAUUUGUGAUUUGUGACGCUAGGCGAGGAACCUUGUUUUUAUGCUGUAAUGAGAUUGCCGAUAGUGAGCGUUAGAAAGAUGCGGCGUAGAUCCAGAAUGAAGGUUCUGAAGAUCUUGCAGUCAUUUUCGCAAGGCACGUUCAUAGCGUUUGUGCUAAUGAUGCUGUGCUGUGGUCAAAACUUCGCGGAACCUGGCUACCUGGACUUUGACAACCUGCCGGAGACGAACUUUACGUGCGCCGGCAAGGUGAUCGGCGGCUACUACGCCGACCUGGAGGCGUCCUGCCAGAUGUUCCACGUGUGCACGAUCGGCCAGGGCGACGAACCGAUGGACAUCAAGUUCCUGUGCCUGAACGGGACCGUGUUCGACCAGGAGACGCGCGUGUGCGAACGCGUCGACGAGGUCGACUGCUCCAAGUCGGAGCGGUUCUACUACCUGAAUCUGGAGCUGUACGGCAACACGAUCAUUCCGGCACCGGAAGAGAGCAGCUCGGAGGAAGUGUCCGGCAGUGCGAGCAGCCCGUCGCCGUCGACGACGUCCACGACCAUGACUACGGCAGUCAGCAGUAGUAGCACAACCACAACCAAAAAGCCAACAACGACCACGCCAUCACGUAGAUUUAUCUUUAACAAUAGUAAAGGAAGUCCGAUCGUGUCCUCGACCACGCUGGCCACGCCAACGCAUUCCUAUUCGUCUACCACUUUGAAAACGCCGGAAGAGGAAGACGAAUACGAGUACGACGACGAAGACUACGAGGAGAAGGACGGUCCGGCUGGGGGCUCGCCGGCCCUGCCCGCCAUCGAGGAGGACGGAUCGUUUUCGCCGCAGCAGUUUACGCUGCAGCAGCAAACCCAGAAUAGUCAACCGAAGCCGGACGACCCGGCCAAGACGGGCACCAAGCCGGCAGUGUCCUUCCAGCAACAACACUUCCAGAACGGUGGAACACUGGCUGUGACCAACUCGCACGUGACCGUCACGACGCACACGACUAGCAGCAAUGGCAACAUUAACGCUAACGCUAACGCCAACAAUCAGCAGAAGAAAAUUGCUCAACAAUUACCGUCCCAAAAGGAGAAGCUUGCCUUCGAGCAUCAAAAGCAGCAACAGCAGCAAGCACUUCUCCAACAGCAGAUGAUCACCAAGCAGCACAUCGAACUGCAGAAAAAGCAACAGGAAGCGGCCGUCCAGCAACAGCAGAAGGCCAUCCAGCAGCAGCAGAAGCAGGUCCAACAGCACGAUGCCGAAAUCAAGAACCACCAGGCACUGCUUCUGCUUCACCAGCAGAAGAUCAACCGCCAACAACAAAAGACCCAAACCACGGCGAAACCUCAACCCGCAAACCACUACAACCCGUACGACACCAUCAACCAACAACAACAACAACAGCAGCAGCCGCAAACUCAUGCACCAAAGAGAAUCCCACUUUUGUCGGCGGCCAACCAACCAACCCUAGUGCAAACCAGUCAGCAACAGCAGCAACGACCUGCACCGCAACCCCCCAGCGCAUCCCAGCUGGCACCGUUCAGGCUAAGGGCGCAGGGCUUCAAACUGCCCUCCCAGCAGCAACAACAACAGCGGCCAGACUCGUCGCUCGAACAGGAGGACCGUUUCGAAGGAUACCGGAGGCAGCCACCCCCACAGGUCUCCUUGCACCUGCCCUUUGAACAGCUUCGCCAACAGAAGGACAUCUCGCUGCAGUUCGACUCGGACAUCGAGGACCUGUCGCAGUUCCCGCAGCACAAGGAGCUCAAGCGGUCCGAUCCGCCCUUCCACAGCUCGAUCCAUCCAUCGCCGGCCCCUUCCCAGUCGGCAACCGUAACGGCCGCCGCCAACAGCAGUCCAAGCCCGUCAACCGCGGUCGCCCCACCCGAGGAGAGUGCCGGCUACGCGGAUGACGCCGUCGAGUACGAGUACGAAGACUACAGCUCGGAAGCGGCCAGCGGUGAACCGGCUUCGAGCGGCGGCCAGCAGCAGCAGCAUCCUAGUUUAUCAGAUAGCGUUAAGUCUAACACUAAUAGCGAAAUUGUAGUGACCAAAAAGCGGUCCGGGGAGGGUCAGAUUGGCGAUGGCCAACAGAUUGGCGCCGGCCAGCAGCAGCAGGCCCAACAGCCAAGUGGCCACACUAGUAUAGGUAGUAAUAGCUCUAAAGGUAAGGCCAACACUAGUAGAUUUAUCAUCAACAACGAACACCACAAGAGUCCAACGAGUUCGUACAGUAGCGGUGGCAGCAGCAGCAGCAGUCGGGGUCAAAGUGGCCACGUGUACGACAACCGGCCCAAGCCACGUGCCAGCAGCUACCAACCGCAGCCCCAGGCGCCGAAGGUGAUAGUCACAACCAGCACCUCGAUCCGGGACAACAACGGGCGGACAAUCAACUACUCCAUCAACAGCAGUAGCAGUAGUAGCAAUAGCAAUUCGUCCCCGGUGACCACGAGUAGUCCACGUCGCGGGUACGACGAGUACAAGGAGGAUGACGUCCUGUCGGAUCCGUUCUUCCUGGACGUCCCCAAGGUCGGGGGAGGACGGCGGAGGCGGAGCGCUCCAACGCAGCAGCGAAAACGACGGAGAAGGGUUAUUUAUAUUGUUCCUCGAUUUAUGUAACGCCGCGACUCAUCCUUCCCAAAAAAAUACCCCCUAAUUAAAAAAACAACUCACCAUAACGCGCCUUUAAUGAUAUUGGAACACAAAAUGCAGUAAUCUCUAGAUGUUAAUAUAGGAAAAUGUAACUUUUCUAAACUAUUCCAUGUAAAUAUACGUUCUUUUCAACUGCCCCCUUCCACGUGGGACGUGGGACAGUUUUUGGUAAUACUCAGCAGCUCAACGUUGGCAAGAGUUUGGUCAAAUUUUAGAUUCAUAAGCCUCGGAAAGAAAAUGUACAUUCAAUACUCGUAACGUUAUUUGUAUUAAAGCAUAAGCUCUAAACUCCCUCACUCUAGCAAACUCCUGUUCAAUUUUAUCGUUUUGUAAUAUUGAUUUUAAUCUGUUUCUAUUUUAGCUAAUUUAAUUGCCUUAUUCUUCCCUUGUUUUAAAUUUCCCCUUUCCCGCAAAACCUCCCUCUAAUUACUAGAUCGUAAGAAAAUCUCCUGUACAGAUUGUGUAGAAGAGAAAAGAGUUUUUUUUUUUAGAAAUAUGGACAGCAGUAAGAAAACUCAAAUUACAAACCCACGCAUAGUGUAUGAACAAGUUAUGGACUUUUGACGGUAAACGAACGAACGAAAGCAAUCGGUUGGAAAACUUAGGAUAACCUCGUUGGAAAUAACAUGCAUUGCGAGUAUGAUUCACUGCGCAAUCGACAAAAUAAUUGAAUAAAGGUUUUUAGGAGAAUAAAGGCAACAAAUAUGAUUCAAA